AUGUCCCUUGAUUGCAGUGGCUGCUUCAAGAAUGAGCUCUUGAUCCAGGUUGGGUCAGUGAGAGCCAGCCUAAUUUGGUCAAGCGUCGCUGGCCACAGCGGAGCCGCGAGGAAGGAAGUGGACUCUGAUCUUCCGUUCAAACAGGAGGCUCGGCAUCCCAGGCUCGCCCGUCCGCCGGUACCUGCGCCCGCCCUCGCGCCGCGGCGACUUUUGGAGAGACUCCGGUGCCCGGGUCCUCGCUCCAGGGCGCGGGUUCGGGCCAUUGAAAGGUGGAGCGCAGGGGCGGCUCUGGAAGGGCCGGGAGGGCCGGGCGCCAGGCUGGAGCGGGGCGCGGGGCUGGCGCUGAAAGGCCUGGGACCCCGGGGGGCGGGAUCCGGAGUAACGGGCGGGGAUGAGCCUGCGGGGCGCAGCCGGGAGUCCGGGAGCAGCGGAGAGGGAAGGGACCGGGUGGAGGUGCAGCAGGAAACGCCCGGGGCCUGGCCGGGCCGGUCGGGCUGGGGGCGCCCCGGAGGGGAGGGACGGGCGGCGCCCCGCUGGCCUGCCGCGCUCGCUCACCUCGCCCUGGCGGCGCGCCCCGGGCGGCUGCGGGGCGGGGAGCAGGAUCUGCGGACCUGGGGAUCCGGGACCGCCCUCUCGGGACUGAGGGCCGGUGGCGGCGAGCGGCAGCGACGGCUGGAGCCGCAGCGGCAGUAUGAGAGCGGGCGCCGCUGCCCCACGCCCGCGGCGGCUCCGGGUGCGCGCGCCAUGGGGGAGCCGGGGGGCCCCGCGGGCGGCGCGCGGCGCGGGCGGCGCGGGGUGCGGGGGCUGCCGCGGGCCGCCUCGGCGCUGGGGGCCACCGGCCUGCUGUGCACCGCGCUGGCCGCCUACGCCUGCUGGGGGCAGCUGCCGCCGCUGCCCUGGGCCGCCCCGGCCCCGCCGCGGGCGGUGGGCGUGCUGCUGUGGUGGGAGCCCUUCGCGGGGCGCCGCAGCGCCACCCGGCCGCCCCCCGACUGCUGGCUGCGCUUCAACAUCAGCGGCUGCCGCCUGCUCACCGACCGGGCCGCCUACUGGGAAGCCCAGGCUGUGCUUUUCCACCACCGGGACCUGGUGAAGGGGCCCCCGGACUGGCCCCCGCCGCCCUGGGGCGCCCGGGUGCGCUCGGCGGAGGAGCUGGCGCUGCGGGUGUUGAACGAGGAGGCGGAGGAGGAAACCGUGGGCGUCUCGGGCCACAGGCCCCCGGGCCAGCGCUGGGUGUGGAUGAACUUCGAGUCGCCCUCGCACUCCCCGGGGCUGCGGAGCCUGGCAGGGAACCUCUUCAACUGGACGCUGUCCUACCGGGCCGACUCGGACAUCUUCGUGCCUUACGGCUACCUCUACUCCAGGACGCAUCCCAGCGACCAGCCGCCCGGCCCGGCCCCCACGCUGGCCCGGAAGCGGGGGCUGGUGGCCUGGGUGGUGAGCAACUGGGACGAGCGCCAGGCGCGGGUGCGCUACUUCCACCAGCUGAGCCAGCACGUGCACGUGGACGUGUUCGGUAAAGGCGGGAGCCGGCGGCCGGUGCCCGACGCCGGGCUUCUGCACACGGUGGCCCGUUACAAGUUCUACCUGGCCUUCGAGAACUCGCAGCACCUGGACUACAUCACGGAGAAGCUCUGGCGCAACUCGCUGCUGGCCGGCACCGUGCCGGUGGUGCUGGGCCCCGACCGUGCCAACUACGAGCGCUUUCUGCCCCGCGGUGCCUUCAUCCACGUGGACGACUUCCCCAGUGCCUCCUCCCUGGCCGCCUACCUGCUCUUCCUGGACCGAAACCCGGCCGUCUACCGCCGCUACUUCCACUGGCGCCGGCGCUACGCCGUGCACAUCACCUCCUUCUGGGACGAGCCCUGGUGCCGGACCUGCGAGGCGGUGCAGAGGGCCGGCGACCGGCCCCAGAGCAAACGCAACCUGGCUCGCUGGUUUGAGCGGUGAAGCCACCCAGGGAGGUCUUUCAAGUCGUCAGCUUUUUGAUCCUUUGCUGUGUAUCUCCUGGAAUUGCCAAAUCCUGGGAUGAAGGUUUUGCUUGUGGGAACAAGGUGAUGUGCCAGUGUUAUUCAGCACAAAGGCUGGGUGGGUAGGAUCCCGGUUCAGUUCUUUAUGGGUUGUUUGUUUUUUUUUUGGGGGGGGGGGGUUUGCGCGAGGAGGAGUCGGGCUCUUUGCUAUUGAUGGGCAUCGGAGAAAUCACCUUUCUCCCCUGCUAAUUAACCAGUGCAGAGGUGAAGAGAUAGCUGCACUAUAAGAAGCCAUUGAGUCCGUUGCUCCGAGUUUCCUCGCCUGCCACAGGUCAUGUUUGUGGCCUGUGCUGAGUCCAAAUGUCACACACGCUGCUGCUCGUUUCACAUUUCAUUGGACUAAGAUGCAGCAGACCCCUGGUUUUAGAAAGAUCCUUGUUGUGGGAUAGUGGAAGGACCGUGGCUGUGGCCACAAGGAAGUCUUUCUCUUUGUCGGUUGAAUUCCUCAAAUCCUCAGCUCCUGAGAAAGGUGAGGAGGGUCAUCCAAGAAUCCGUUGACUGUUUCUUAACAAGUACUGUUUGUUCCCCUGCCAGUGAACGGAAACAAGAUGCUGCAUUGUCCUUGGAGAAGAGAUCAGGUGAAUAUAUAAGUGUACCUCUCUUUACACAAAUGUGUUCUUGAAGAGCUGCUUUCCUUUUUUUUUUUUUUUUUUAAAAUCCUCACCUGAUGAUAGGUUUAUUAUUAUUAUUACUAAUUUUGGAGGGAGGAGGGGAGACAGCAAAACAUCCAUUGGUUGCCUCCACACUCACCCCAACGGGGUUCAAACCAAAACCCAAGGAUCAAAGCAAAACCGCCAGGUAUGUGCUCUGACCGGGAAUCAAACCCCCAACCCUUUGGUGUACCCACAACACUUCAACCUACUGAGCCACUCCAGCCGGGCCCAGAAAGCUGCUUAUCAAUCACAUCCCAAAUUCACUGCCCCAGGGGGGGGUUCAGUAUUUAAUACAGCCUUAUGGAGAAUCCCUUUACAAUGUGAAUAAUCAUCCCUAACUAAUGUCGUCUUCUCUGUGUCUAUGUUUUUCUAUAACCUGGAUUGUUUUU